AUGCUUCCCACCUUUGAGGACCAAAAUCCGGUCCAUUCGGUGUCCGAAUGGACCGGAUUUUGGUCCUCAAAGGUGGGAAAAUACUACAUCACCAUUGUUUCGAAUACGAAAGAAUCUCCAUCUCCAUUUGCGAAAGACCGCGUUUUGUCGUUCUGGCUGGGGAGAAUUUCACUUAGCAUACCAGCAGAUCUCCAUCUCCAUUUGCGAAAGACCGCGUUUUGUCGUUCUGGCUGUAUGCUAAUUUUUAUGCCCAGGGGGAGAAUUUCACUUAGCAAAACGCUCAGUACGAGCGAAUCACCAUCUCCAUUUUCGAAAGACCGCGUUUUGUCGUUCUGGCUGGGGAGCAUUUCACUUAGCAAAACGCUCAGUACGAGCGAAUCACCAUCUCCAUUUUCGAAAGACCGUGUUUUGUUCUUCUGGCUGGGGAGCAUUUCACUUAGCUGGGGAGCAUUUCACUUAGCACAUUUCAUGAUUGUCUCAGUGUUUUUCCCCCCCUAA